CUGACGACGGUGGUUUUGUUUUGGUGGCUGGAUGAGACGCUCACAGCUGCAUUUUCCAACGUUAAUCAAUUAAAGGUGAAUUAACAUGAUUCACGAGCUGCUGCUGGCGUUGAGCGGAUACCCGGGGACGAUCUUCACGUGGAACAAACGGACGGGUUUGCAGGUGUCCCAGGAACUGCCCUUCCUCCACCCCAGUGAGACCAGCGUCCUCAACCGGCUUUCUAAGCUGGGCUCCGAUUACAUCCGCUUCACAGAGUUUAUAGAACAGCACACGGGCCAUGUGCAUCAGCAGGAACAUCACACCAACCUGCCCAACCAGACGGGACUUCAUGGAAUUUACUUGCGGGCUUUCUGCACAGGGCUGGACUCGAGCCUGCAGCCGUACAGACAGGCCCUGCUGGACCUCGAACAAGAGUUCCUUGGAGAUCCACAUCUGACGAUAUCUCAUGUGAAUUAUAAGCUUGAUCAGUUCCAGCUGCUGUUUCCCUCCGUGAUGGUGGUGGUAGAGUCGAUCAAAUCACAGAAGAUCCAUGGCUGUCAGAUCCUGGAGACGGUGUACAAGCACAGCUGUGGUGGGCUUCCUCCCGUCCGCAUGGCCUUAGAGAAGAUUCUUGCUGUGUGCCACGGUGUGAUGUACAAGCAGCUGGCAGCUUGGAUGCUGCACGGAUUACUGCUGGACCAGAGCGAGGAGUUUUUCGUGAAGCAGGGCCCGAGUGCAGGAGGAGCUGCUGCCAACCAGGAGGAGGAGGAGGAGGACCUGGGGCUGGGAGGCCUGAGUGGGAAACAGCUCCGAGAGCUCCAGGACCUGAGGCUGAUCGAGGAGGAGAACAUGCUGGCUCCGUCUCUGCAGCAGUUCUCCCUGCGAGCAGAGAUGCUUCCUUCUUACAUUCCCGUCAGAGUGGCCGAGAAGAUCCUCUUCGUUGGAGAGUCCGUCCAGAUGUUUGAAAACCACAACCACAGCCCGUCUAGAGCUGGCUCCAUACUGAAGCACCAGGAGGACAUGUUUGCUGCCGAGCUGCACCGACUCAAGCAGCAGCCUCUCUUCAGCCUGGUGGAUUUUGAGAACUUGAUUGAUCGGAUCAGGAGCACGGUGGCAGAGCACCUCUGGACGUUGAUGGUGGAGGAGUCCGAUCUGCUUGAACAGCUCAAGAUCAUUAAGGACUUCUACCUGCUGGGUCGUGGCGAGCUCUACCAGGUUUUUAUUGACCUCGCGCAGCACAUGUUGAAGACGCCUCCAACAGCCGUCACCGAGCACGAUGUGAACGUGGCCUUUCAGCAGGCCGCUCAUAAGGUGCUGCUGGACGACGACAACCUGCUGCCUCUGCUGCACCUCACUGUGGACUACCAGGGCAAAGACAGCAAAGAGGCGACGGGCCUCAGAGAUGGAGCCACGCCUCCACAAGACACCUCCCCUCGCGAGGCUCCUCCCACAGGCUGGGCGGCUCUCGGUCUCACCUACAAGGUUCAGUGGCCGCUGCACAUCCUCUUCACUCCGGCCAUCUUGGAGAAGUACAACGUUGUGUUCAGGUACUUGCUGAGCGUGCGGCGGGUGCAGUCUCAGCUGCAGCACUGCUGGGCUCUGCAAAUGCAGAGAAAGCACCUCAAGUCCAGCCAGACGGACGCCGUUAAGUGGAGACUACGCAACCACAUGGCGUUCCUGAUCGACAACCUGCAGUACUACCUGCAGGUGGAUGUGCUGGAGUCACAGUUCUCUCAGCUGCUUCAGCAGAUCAACUCCACCAGAGACUUUGAGAGCAUCCAACUGGCCCACGACCACUUCCUCAGUAACCUGCUCGCCCAGUCCUUCAUCCUCCUGAAGCCGGUGUUCCACUGUCUGAACGAGAUCCUGGAGCUGUGUCAGACCUUCUGCUCACUGGUCAGUCAGAGCGUGGUGCUGCUGGACGAGAGGGGAACCGCUCAGCUGGACAUCCUGGUCAAGGGCUUCAGACGGCAGUCCUCCCUGCUGUUUAAGAUCCUCUCGAGCGUGAGGAACCAUCAGAUCAACUCUGACCUGGCUCAGCUGUUACUGCGACUGGACUACAACAAGUACUACACCCAGGCUGGAGGCACUCUGGGCAGUGUUUAAGAAGAGCCCAAAAGAAAGGAUUCAGAAGAGAAGCUCUGACAUUUCUACAGAGGUAGCCGGGCUUUUGUUUGUCGCACUCACAGCACUGAAAAAUGACAUUUGUAUUUUCAGACUGAUUUCAGUGGAACUACUUCUUUGGUUAAAAACAAGUAGUUCCAGUGAGCGCUGUUCAUUAAACACACAAAGUGACGCUUCCUGCACUGGCUCUCUGAUGGAGUCUGCUUUAAGAACGGUUUAUAUAUUUUAUUUAAAGAUUGGUCGACAUUUUUAGUAAAUGUGCUUUCAUGCAGAGAGUAAGAUGUAAAGAUUUGUCACUCAUCUGUUCAUCAUGAGGCUGCAGCAGAACUUUGUUAGACUUGUGGUCAUCGGUGCUCUUAGCUUAGCCAUGCUAGCUGUUUACAGUCUUUAUGCUAAGCUAACAGUUCCCUGUGUGACACUGAUCUUCUCAUCCGAUUCUCUGGCAAAAAGAAAGUGAAUGUUGAACUAUUCCUUUAAAGUACUCGAGUGGUUUCCCUGAAAUACGUUUACAGUACUUCAACCGGCUUUAGAACAAUUCUGGCAAAGACGAGCUGCUGCUGUGAGUUUCACAAACAGACUCCGUUCACUUCCACUGAAUAUGGAAGCAGAAGCAGAUCAGCACUGUCAGUAGGAACAUGAGGUCCGGGUGAUGAGACCGUUGGCUACGUCUCCCCGUCUUUGUAUAAACUGUAAAUAUAUAUUAAACCAAUGUUUUGUGUGGAGAAAAUAAACUUGAAUCAGUUAAAAUGAAA